UGUGUCCAGGGUCACCACCAGGCAGCCCUAGCCCCAACACAGUUGGACUCAGGGGACCAGUGAGUGCCCAGGCCAUGUCUCCAACACUGGUCCUCAUUCUGGCUCUGUUGACCAUCCAUCCUGGGUUGAAGCUGGACUACCAGAUGGAUGUGGACACAGCCAAACAGAUGCUGGAACGGGAGAAUUACCUACAUCAGCAGAUGACUUGGCUGCUGCAGGAGAUUGAGGAGGGGAGCACAGACAUGGUGGAAGGCCCACUCCUUUCUGCCCCGCGGCAGCAUUGGCUGUUUUGGAGCCCUGCAGCAGCAGUCCUGGUCCUGCUCACUGGGGGCUGCUGCUGGCUGGCCAGGAGAAGGAAGCGUGUCUCUGCUAGCUGCAGGGAGCAGGAGAGUUCCAGCAGCAAGGACAAAGGUGACAAGAAGGAGAACUCCAGAAGCAAGGAGGCCAACAAAAAGGUGAGCUCCCACAGUGAGAAAAAGACCAAGGAGCAGGAGAGCUCCGUCUGCAAGGAGAAAGGCGACGAGCUGGAGAGCUCCAGAAGCAACAAGAAGGCCAAGGAGCAGGUGAGCUCCAGGUGCAAGGGCAAAGGUGAUGAGUGGCAGAGCUCCAGCACCAAGGACAAGGCCAAUGAGCAGGAGAAGCUAAAGGGUCCACACAGCAGUGUUAGCUCUUUGGCUGUACCAGUCCCGUCACCAAUGGACACAUUCAAGCAAAACUUGUCCAGCACGAGUAAACAACUGAAGGAGCUGGUGGGUGACCUCCUUGGCAUAUGCCGAAUGUUUUCCAAGAGGAACUUCAUGCCAGAAUUGCACCCAGCCACUGAGACCAGCACCUCUGAAGCCUGGAGCAUCCAUGAGAACAGCAUCCACUACCGCCUGCUUGUGAUCCUGCGACCACCCCCUGGGCACUCGUUCAGCCUGGGCACCACAGAGCAGCUGCCAGCAAGUCGCUCCUGCAUCCGUGUGGUGCUGGAGUGCUUGUGCUUGAGGGAGCAGCUUCUGGGGAAGACGUGGUGCUUUCUCCAUCGGUCUGGUGACCAGCUGCUGAGUGAUCAGGACUCGUACCUCCUGGGCACCCUGUGCACAGGCAACUACCUGGAUGUGAAGAAAGUUGUCUGCUGGGUCCAAAUGUUGGUGACAUCAGCCUGGCUGCUUUUGCCUCAGUCACGGCACUGCCAGCUCAUGGUGCUGCCCUCCUGCCAGUCCUGCAAGUUCCAGCUGACAGGCACCCCAGGGAUGCAGAUCACCAUGGAGAUGGUGUUUGCAGUGCAGCAGGGCAGCUCAGGUGCCUACGUGAGCCUCGAGUAGGCAGCAGCCAGUCUUGCCAGUAGAUGGUGGGGCUGGAGAGCAGCCGCCUGUCAGACCCAGAGCAAAGGCCACCCAGCAGGACAAUUUCCACCUCAGAGCUGUGGACACCCUUCCCUGUCACCCAAGUGGGUGAUGACACGGUUCAAGAGGAGCUCAGCACAAUCAGAGCUUGGGCAAUCUCUGCCUGCCCAGCUGAACCACAAAGCAUAGAAGUGUUGGAGGAUAGAAGUAUAGAAGAAUACAAGCAUAGGAGCAGAGAAGAAUAGAACUGUAGGACCAAAGGAGAGUAGAAGAGUAGAACACAGAAGAGUCAGAGAAUAAAAGCAUAGGGGAAUAGAAUAGGAGAAGUGUAGAAGUGUAGAGGUAGAGAAGAAUAGAACUGUAGGACCAUAGGAACAUAGAAAAAUAGAAGCAUAUAAGCAUAGAAGUGUAGAAGAGUAGAAGAGUAGAAGCAUAGUACCAUAGAGGAGUAGGAGAGUAGAAGAGCAGAAGAAUAGAACCAUAAAACCUUACAGUUGUUUGGGUUGUAAGAGAUCUAAAAGAUUAUUAAAGAUAUUCCAGGAAGGAAGGAAGGAAGAAAGAUGUAGGAAGAUGUCUUCUUCACUGUUUGCCUCUCUGAGAAGAAAAGAUGUUCCUAUUAAUAGUUCCCAAAAGCUGACUCAAGAAGAAUGGUGUUGAUCGCAGUACUGAAUCCAUAGGCUACGCUAGUUUCACAACCAGUAACAUGGUUGAAUUCUAAGAUAGUACUACAAAGUACACCAAAACAAUCUUAGUCCAGACCUCAUGGAGGGAGGAUAAACAUCUGGAAGCAAUAG